GGCACGUAGACCCAACCAGAAGUCGAAGUAGACAUAAGAACCCAUCCAAGAUGCGCUCUACCAAGUGGCUGCUACCGCUGAUGCUGCUCACCUACACCUGUUCCAGCUUCCAGGUGCUUGCCGAGGAAAGUCACUCCACCUCGGUGGCCGGAAUGGUAAAGUUACUAGAGUUGGAGGCCCAACUAAUUGAUAAUCUUCUGGAAUAUGCCGAUGAGAUGGAGAGCAAACUGAAGAUAGUGCGAAGGAGCAUAGCCAGCAUGUUGCAGGAGAAUUUCAAGGCUCGCAACUCCACGGAGGAGUAUCUAUCAAAUCCCCUAAACUCAUUUUCCCUCAUCCGUCGAAUGAAUCGUGAUUGGCAAGUGUGGCAACUAUAUUUGGAGGAUCCAGUGGGUCUCAAUCAAGUGGAUAAGAUUCAAGAGCUAAGGGAACACAUGCCCACCAGUACAGAUGUGGAGGAGGCAGUGACCGCCUUGGAUCGUAUUCAAAGCACCUAUGGCUUGAAGAUAGGUGACAUAGUCAAUGGGAACCUUAAUGGCAAACAGUACAAUGUAAGUUUGACUGUGUUGGAUACGUAUGCCCUAGGACAGAUACUUUUUGAUCAAGGCAACUAUGUAGCUGCUGCUGGCUGGCUCUAUCAAGCAAUUAUUACAAUGGAAAAGUAUACUCUAGCUCCUCCCAUGGAUCUAUCCAAGACCGAAGUGCGAAUGAUCUAUGCCGAGACACUGCUGAGACUGAAACAGAACGCGGAUGCUCUAAAAGUUAUAAACAUUGCACUGGCUGAUAAGCCCAAUGAUAUUAAACUGUUGCUAAAGAAAUCGGAAAUAGAAACGCUGAUAAGGACGGGCUCCAAUGUAGUGACGGCGAAAUCAACGACAGUGAAAUCCAGCGGGCCAAAUACCUUCCAAAUAGGUUGCCGGGGACAAUUUAAGCCAUCUGUAGAUGCCAGACUCCAUUGUCGCUACAACAGCACCACCUCACCCUUCCUCAUACUUGCUCCCCUCAAGAUGGAACUGGUGGGUCUGGAUCCUUACAUGGUUCUCUAUCACGAUGUGCUCUCCCCCAAAGAGAUUGAAGAGAUGCAGGAUAUGGCUACACCAGGACUAAAGAGAGCCACUGUCUACCAGGCCUCAUCGGGGCGCAAUGAGGUGGUAAGGACCAGGACCUCCAAGGUGGCCUGGUUCCCAGACUCUUUUAGUUCGCUAACUCUUCGAUUGAAUGCCCGAAUUGCCGAUAUGACUGGGUUCCAGCUCUACGGUUCCGAGAUGCUGCAGUUAAUGAAUUAUGGACUAGGCGGGCAUUAUGCCAAUCACUACGAUUUCUUUAAUACAACUGAUUCCAAUAAGACUGCUAUAAAUGGCGAUCGUAUUGCCACGGUUCUUUUCUAUCUAACAGAUGUAGAGCAGGGCGGUGCCACUGUUUUUCCAAACAUACAAAAAGCUGUUUUUCCCCAACGAGGAUCUGCCAUUAUAUGGUACAAUCUCAAGGACGAUGGUGAGCCUGAUAAACAAACCCUUCAUGCCGCCUGCCCCGUUAUAGUAGGUUCCAAAUGGGUUUGUAAUAAAUGGAUUCGUGAGCGGGAACAGCUCUUCAGACGACCUUGCCUGAAAAGGAAAAUGAAUGUGAUUCUCAAGUAAACAAAGUUUGUACAAGUGAUA